AUGAAGGUUUUGUUUUCUUCAUUAUUCUUUUUUUCAUCCGCGAGAUCCACCUCCGCGACGGCGACGGCGGCAGGCGGCGGCGCGGCGGGGCAGAGCCACCCGUUCCCAUGGCUAGACGAUGCCAUCUCGGAGCCCUACUACUUCCUGCACCUCCUCGCCUUCUUCUCUUACUUUGCGGCCCGCAGCACGGCGCUCUCCGCCGAUGACGGAGGGGAUCUCCACGACCGCCUUCUCCGUAGGGAGAUCCAGGCAGUGCUCGUGUUCCUGGUGCUCUUCGUAGUGAAGGUGUGAUGAUCAAUUCCAGCUAGAAUUCUAUUGCGAGCUUAUUUUCUGAGUAGCAUGCUUGGAUUUGGUGUUAAAAUUGGUGGGAGUAGCUGUUCUGUUGCUCUAAAACGUGGAUUGCAAUGCUGUU